UGGUCUCCGAACCCCGGAAGUAGCGGCUUCAGUCGAAUUCAGCAGCUGGAGGAGGAAGAAGGAACGUGAAGAGCCGCGGCAAUAAUUCCUUCUCUGUGUGUGUGCCUGCCUCCCCUUCCUCCUCCUCCUCCUCCGGGGCAUCUUGCCGGGUUUUCCCCAGCGUUCGAGGCUGGAAUGGUGCUGGCGCCGGCGUCCGCUGCCGGUGCUUUAAGGAGGAGGAGCCGCCAUGGAGAGGCUGCUGCUGCUGCAACCCUUGGGAUGUUCCAAACUGUGUCAGCAGAAACCUCUGAAUUUGCAAGAAGAUGAUACUGAAAAGCAUUGUCCUGUUACAGUGAAUCCUUGGCAUAUGAAGAAAGCUUUCAGAGUAAUGAAUGAAUUAAGAAGCCAAGAUUUGCUAUGUGAUGUGACUAUAGUUGCUGAAGACAUGGAAAUUACCGCACACAGAGUUGUGUUAGCAGCAUGUAGCCCUUACUUCCAUGCCAUGUUUACAGGUGAAAUGAGUGAGAGUCAAUCAAAGAGAGUCCGAAUCAAGGAAGUUGAUGGCUGGACCCUCAAGAUGCUCAUUGAGUUUGUUUACACUGGGGAAAUUCAGGUGACAGAGGAAAAUGUACAGGUGCUUCUCCCGGCAGCUAGUUUAUUGCAGUUGCAGGAUGUCAAGAAGAGCUGCUGCGACUUUUUGGAAACUCAGCUUCAUCCUGUCAAUUGUUUGGGAAUCCGUGCUUUUGCUGACAUGCAUGCGUGCAUAGAACUUCUGAACAAGGCUAACACGUAUGCAGAACAGCACUUUACAGAAGUUGUACUCACUGAGGAGUUUUUGAACAUGGGUGUAGAACAGGUGUGCAGCUUAAUAUCAAGUGACAAACUUAAAAUAAAAUCUGAGGAAAAGGUAUUUGAAGCCGUGAUAGUUUGGGUUAACCAUGACAAAGAUGUGCGACAGGAGCUCAUGGCACGCCUGAUGGAACAUGUUCGCCUGCCAUUGCUCUCCCGAGAGUAUUUGGUUCAGAGAGUUGAAGAGGAGGCACUUGUUAAAAACAGCAGUGCAUGUAAGGAUUAUCUCAUUGAAGCGAUGAAGUAUCACUUGCUGCCACUUGAGCAAAGAGCUCUAAUGAAAUCCACACGAACAAGACUGAGAACACCAGCCUGCCUUCCAAAACUGAUGGUGGUGGUUGGAGGACAAGCACCAAAGGCUAUCCGCAGUGUAGAAUGUUACGACUUUAAAGAAGAACGUUGGCACCAAGUCCUUGAGUUGCCUUCCAGAAGAUGCAGAGCAGGAGUGGUAUACAUGAGUGGCCUUGUCUUUGCUGUUGGUGGAUUCAAUGGGUCCUUGAGGGUCCGUACUGUUGAUUCUUAUGAUCCAGUGAAGAACCAGUGGUCAAGUGUUGCUAAUAUGCAAGACAGAAGAAGCACUUUGGGGGCAGCUGUACUAAAUGGACUUCUGUAUGCUGUUGGAGGAUUUGAUGGGAGCACAGGGUUAUCCUCAGUAGAAGCCUACGAUAUGAAGACUAAUGAAUGGUUUCAUGUGACUCCAAUGAACACAAGGAGAAGUAGUGUUGGCGUAGGUGUAGUUGGAGGUAUGUUGUAUGCUGUUGGUGGCUACGAUGGUGCAUCACGCCAGUGCCUUAGUACAGUGGAAUGCUAUAACAGUAAUACAAAGGAAUGGACCUAUGUUGCAGAAAUGGGCAUUAGUCGUAGUGGAGCAGGUGUUGGUGUCUUAAACAACUUAUUGUAUGCAGUAGGGGGUCAUGAUGGGCCUUUAGUUAGAAAAAGCGUUGAAAUGUAUGAUCCCACCACCAAUACAUGGAAACGAGUUGCAAAUAUGAACAUGUGUAGGAGAAAUGCAGGAGUUUGUGCUGUGAAUGGGCUCUUAUAUGUAGUUGGAGGAGAUGAUGGUUCCUGUAACUUGGCAACAGUGGAAUAUUAUAACCCAACAACAGAUAAGUGGACAGUUGUAUCAUCCUGUAUGAGUACAGGCAGAAGCUAUGCAGGUGUCACUGUUAUUGAUAAACCAUUGUGAGCAGGCAGAAAUAUUUUCCACUUUGAUUAUGCACUAGAAGCAAGCUUGAACAAAUGGUGUUGAAGCAAUUGAGCAUCAAAGCACUUCUCGGCUUGUAGCUAAACAUUGAGACAUAUUGGAAGAUGUGAUCUGCUACAGUUGAGGCUGAACAUGAAGAUUAUUCUCGAUCGAAGCAAUGUCCAGAAAGCAAUUUCCAAACAUAAAACAAACCACUCACAUGAAGCCACGGACAAUUCCAGCAUCGUCUCAAGACCUCUGUUGAAAAAAGACAUCGAGCUGUUUAGGAAAGCAUCAUUAUUCUAUACAGACAGUAUGGUGAGACUGAAUUUCAGUUUAGCACUGAAACCCAACUUAGUAUUGUUGAAACUCAAAAUAACACGUUGCAUUCCGGCUUAAUACUAUGAGCUGGCAUGAGAACUUGGUUGCUUUUCUAAAUCAUCACUGGUUAUAUUACUAUUGUGUGUAUAUUUAUGUGUGUACAAGUACCUUUAUACUUAUACAAUGUUGUAAAACAGAGUGUAUAUUUUAUUUUGAUAUUGACCGAUGCUUUAAAAAUAAUAAAUGCCACAGACAAUUUAAUGCCAAAAUGUUUUUAACUUGUGUAAUAUUUGUGAUCCUUACGUACGAAUAUCUCCUUUGUUAUGUUUUGAUGUAUCUAUCUUAACUGUCCUGGGUUUAAUUUUUUUGGCAUGGAUUUAAACGCAGGUUUAUAAUGAAUGUAUGAAGUUCUGUUUUACUUGCAUGGCAUUUAAAACUCUAGCUGCUAUAAAAGACUAUGUACUGUAUGUGAACAUGUUUUGUAAGUACAAAAUAAAAAUCAAUGUAAUUCCUGGAUGCGUACAAAAUGACCAAAACUAUUGUCAAGUUUGACCAGUUUUCUUUAAUAAAAUUUUGUAUAUUUGUUUUUCCUAAA